AUGCAUUUCAACCACGACACCGCUGCUGCUUUCCAGUUCUGCGCCAAAAACAGCGCCAUGUUGGAGGCCGAGGACUCGGGCUCGGUCGACGGGGAGCAGAUGACCGAGGUGCGCUGCCCGAGCUCAGGGCCCUCCAGCCCGCUGUCAGUGACCUCGGACUCCAGCUGCGCCAGCCCCGAGGCCAAGUCUGCGUCCACGCAGCAGAGAGUCCGGAGGCCCCUGAACGCAUUCAUCAUCUGGACCAAAGAGGAGCGCAGGCGGCUGGCGCAGCUUAACCCGGACCUGGAGAACACGGAUCUGAGCAAAAUACUAGGGAAAUCUUGGAAGGCCAUGUCCCUGGUCGAGAAGCGUCCGUACAUGCAGGAAGCGGAGCGUCUGAGAGUCCAGCACACCAUCGACUACCCCAACUACAAGUACCGGCCCCGCAGGAGGAGGCAGCUGAAGAAGAGCUCCAAACCCCAGCAGGGUGCAGAGGUCCCUCACUCCUCGCUCUGCAGCCCCGGCUUCCAAGUGCCCUUCAACCUCACCUACCUGCUCCAGAACCAGCAGCAAUCCUACCCAAGCAGCACUGCUUUCACACACUCACCAACUAACUACACCUCUAUGCGUAACAGCUACCCACACACUCCAGUUUAUCCCGACACAGCAGUUGACGUCUUAUCAAAUAAGUCUGUGUUUUACUCAAACCCUCCUGCGUACCCUGCAGAGCCCCAGCUGUACUUUAGCAAUCAGCACGGGCACAUGCAUCACGGCUUCUCCAGCGCUGCAGGUCCCCAUGUGGAUCAGGGGGAGUCCAGCUGGGUUUACGGGGGCCUACUGGGUCCUGCAGGUCCCUCCUUUGAGUUUUACCUGGAACAGGUCCAGCUGGACAUGCUGUACGAUCUGGACCGCAGCGAGUUCGAACAGUACCUGGGCCCGAGCACUCACAGGCCUGAGUCCGUGGACCACAGCAGCAGCUACCAUCAGCAGAGCAGCCACAGAGAGGGACGCUCUGUCUCGUGA